GCUGGAUAAUACUCGCACCUUGCAUCGGAUUGUGGAGGACGUGCUCAAAGAGACCAUAAAUGGUAUUUCACAGAUAGAUCUUAAUGAAGUGGUUAAAACUGCUGUGUGGAGGCCUGAUAAAAAUAACAAGAGUGUCCAGCGUUUCAUUUCACGAAUGCGGGAUAGACAUACUCGUGAAGAAGCAGAUGCCAAACGGUGCAUAAAAAAGGGUUUAACACCUGAGCCUUAUCUUUAUGAAAUCCCAGAACCAGGCGAACGCUUUGAGUAUAUUGUAGUUGAGAAUGAUUCAUCACAGAAGGUAGGGGAUAAAAUGGAGUAUCCAGAGGUAGUGAGGCGAAUAGGUAAAAAGAUCGAUAUCAGCUAUUAUCUGAAAACCGUUGUCGGCCUCUGUGCACGAUUUAUUAACUAUGAUGAAAGUUUCCAGCCAUCAUCUGAAAUUGUGCUAGGGGCCUUAAAAAAGUUAAAAGAUG